UGGUUUAUUGAAUUCUCUGUGUCAAACAGUUCAGACACAAAAACAGAAUUUCGGAACGAUUUUUUAAGUCACCAAAAUUUCCUAGAGUCCUUCUAUUUUUUUACUUUUGCCAAAUGGAUCUGCCGAAGGCCGAGUUAUCGACUAUCGAUGGCGAGUCGGAGCCCCGGAGCCCCAGGAAGGUGAGUUCGACGAUUCCCGCGGCGGCGGUGGAGCCGGCUUUUCCCCCGGAAACGGACUCCGGCUUGGGCUCGACGGACAGCACCGACUCCGUGCCCCAGGUGGCGGCGGUGGCCUCGCCCGGCCUCCUGCGCCUCCGAUUGGCCCAAACACAGUCGGAGAAGCCCAAGAAGAAGCGCGUCGGCUUCCACGCCGGGGUUAUCGACAACGAGCACAUGAAUCGCCGCAAGUCGAAGUGCUGCUGCAUCUAUCGGAAGCCGCAUCCCUUCGGCGAGAGCUCCUCCUCCACGGACGACGAGUGCGAGAACUGCUUCGGCCAUCCCGAGGUGAAGACCCGCAACCGGCUGGAAAAGCUGGAGAAGCGCAGGCAGGAACACAAGAACUGCUGCUCCUGCUGUCGCCAUUAAAUCAAUCGCCACGUUGCCCGGAACAAUCGGUUGGCUAUCGAGGAGGACGGUCAUCGGGAUGAAGAGGAGCAAAGUCGCUGACCAGGAACGGAAACAAGUCAGCUGGCGAGGAAGCCCUCGACAGUCCCUAAUGCUCAAUUUGUGAAGAAAAACAGAACAUGUGUAAACACAAAAUUCCAGUCAAGUCUUUGUAUAACCAUUAUUUUUUAGCAACCAGAUAAAAUUUUAAACUAUA